AUGGCCUUCGACGAGCACGCGUUCUACAAGAAGUUCACGGAGCUCAUGGGCGCCCCGCCCAAGCCCGAGAUGCCCAUCGCGCCGCGCGAGUACCGCACGUUCCUGAACAAGAAGAGCAACAUCCUCCUCGAGGCGGACCCCGAGGCCAUCGUGACGGAGGAGAAGCAGGAGAUGUGGCGCCUGAAGAUCCCCGCGGGCGAGGGCGAGAUCCGGUGCCCGACCUGCGGCAACGCGCACAAGAACCCGGCGCUCAAGUCGACGUACCGCGUCUGCCACCACUGCUUCUUCAUCCUGGAGCCGACGACGGCGCUGAGCCUCGGCCCGCCGGCCUGGCUCAAGGAGACGUCGAAGCUGCGCAUCCUCGCGGCCUCCUACGGCCACCCCGUCGACGCGUCGCGGGCCAACGACUGCACGAAGCAGGUCGCGGCCCUGGUCGACGCGACGAAGAACGAGCGGCUGACGAUCCUGAAGACGGACAAUCUGGCGCGGCUCCUGGGCGGCGACCCGGCGCGGGGCCACCGCAAGGUGCUCAAGCUGCGCUAUUUGUUGGAUGGGCGGCGGGGCGAGCUCACGGCCUGGGAGGGCGGCUGGGAGUGCCACCUCGCCGAGGACCUCUACAUCAUCGGCUCGAAGUCGAAGCCGCUCAUCACGGUCGUCCGCGCCAUCUACGGCCACCCGCUGGGCGUCAUCAAGGGCCGGGGCGCCUUCGACGUGACGGACGUGCUCCAGGCGCGCGUGCACCUCUCGCGCGGGCGCCACGUCGUGCUCAAGCGCCACGAGGACCUCACGCAGCUCUUCGGCGAGCCCUGCGCGGGCCGCGCCAAGAGCCUGACCGUCGAGUACGAGAUCAUGGGCAAGGCCGGCGAGUUCUACGAGUACGAGCUCGAGGGCCGGCUCCAGAACACGAUCUCCAUCGAGGCGUCGCCGUCGAUCUCGCCGCAGAUCAUCAUCCUCGGCGCGACCUACGGCUGGACGGAGCAGCUUUUAGCGGACCGCAAGAAGGAGACGCACAAGCUCCUCUUCGACCUCCAGGAGAUCUCGGAGCGGCGGCGCAUGGGCCUGGCCGUGUCCGCGGCGGACAACAAGCGGCUCCGGGAGAUGCCCAAGCACGCGCGCGAGCUCAAGCGGCUCAACGACCUCCGCGUCGGCUUCGUCGACGUGCGCGAGCACAUCCAGCGGCGCAUCGAGCUCGCCGGCGGCGCCGUGCUCUUCUUCGGCGGGUCCACGCCGAACGACGAGCUGCCGUCGUGGGCGCGCGUGACGCUCGCGGGCAAGGAGCACCUCGGCAUCGACCUCGGCGCCGUCGACGACCUCAACGCCAUCUUCGGCAACCCGACGCCGGGCCAGACGAAGCUCCUGUCCAUCGACUACGUCAUCGUCGGCCACGACGCGGAGCGCAAGACGGAGGCGUCCGAGUCGACGUCGAGCGGCUACGAGGCCAACUUCAUCAACCAGCGCAAGGGCCGGCUCCAGCAGCUCGUCGACGAGGACGACAUGGGCCGCGCGUCCUGCGAGGAGAGCGUGCUCCUCGGCAUCCCGACGAUCCUGCCGUCCAUCGAGGUGCGGUACGCGUCCUACGGCCACCCGACGAACCCGAACCAGGUGUGGAACGUGACGUCGGAGAUGCGCGCGCUCGCGAACCAGCAGGGCGGCCAGCGCCUCCACAUCGACACGACCAUGUCGCUCUACGACCUCUUCGGGGACCCCUGCGUCGGCAUGCGCAAGAAGCUCACGAUCCGCUACUACGUCCGCGGCUUCCACGGCUGCACGACGGUCGAGGAGCGGCCCCAGAACCACCUGUCCACCGACAUCGCGCUGGGCUUCGUCACGGAGGGCCACGACCCCUUCGAGCAGGUGAAGCGGCGGACCUACCGCCAGAACGCGGUCGACAAGAUCCAGAAGCUGCGCAUCCUCGACCACAUGAAGACGGGGCAGCCGGUCUACGUCGCGCUCGUGCCCGGCGUGCGCGCCGAGGCCGGCCACUUUGGCGUCAUCCAGUCGGGCUGGACGACGGCCGACGCCCAGGAGAUCCACGAGCUGUCCCGCCAGGUGCUCCAGCUCGCCAUGGUCAACUGCGUCGUCGCCGUGACCUUCCGCGUCGUCGCGCUCGUCCUCAUGGCGCUGCAGGGCCGCGUCACGUACGUCGUCGAGUUCUGGAUCGUCUUCGCCUUCGUCGUGCUCUUCCUGGGCGUCCAGGGCGUGAAGCUCCGGAACCCGCCGCUCGUCGAGUGCUGCGCGUGCGGCCACCUGACGGCCUUCUACUCCAUCUACAUCGUCUUCAGCGUCCUCGCGGGCAUCUCCGUGCUCUUCUGCGUGGUCACGGGCCUCUGGGGCUACUUCGUCGUCAACGCGCUCUUCCUCGCGCUCUACAGCGUGACCGCGGACAAGUCGCGGCGGCUCCUCGACGCGCUCGAGCGCUCCGGCACGGACAGCGCCGCGAACGCGCUCGCCGCGGGCCGCGCGGGCUACGCGGGCGCGGCGCGGCGCAUGGCCUCCAGCAACCUCGCCAUCUCGACGAAGGAGACCACGACCACGGGCCACAAGGUGACCACCAUGUCCAGCGGGGCCCACGCCGCGGCGCCGGCGCCCGCCGUCGUCGACGCCCCCGCGUCGCCGCGCCUCGACGCCGCCCUCGCGGCCGCCGCGCACCAGAACUACGACCCGCUCACGGAGCUGUGCCGCGCGGGCACCGACCGAAGCAAAGAGGCCGCGGCGCGCGCGCUCCUCGUCGCCGCCGAGUCCGGCCGGGCCGACCGCGCGGCCGUCGCCGUCGACGCCCUCAUCGAGCUCUGCGGCGGCGCCGAGGCCUGGGGCACGCGCUCCUGCGCGGCGCGCGCGCUCAUGGCCAUGGCCGCGGCCGACGACGCCGCGAAGGCGCGGCUCGUGGCGCGCGGCGCCUGCGGCCCGCUCGUCGCGCUCCUCCGGGGCCGCGCGUCCGACGCGGCCAAGGAGCACGCGUCCUGGGCCCUCGGCGCCCUCGCCACCGACGAAGCGGCCAAGGAGGCCGUCGAGCGCGCCGGCGCGCUGCCCGCGCUCGUCGGCCUCCUCAGGUCGGGCGACGACGGCGUCAAGCUCCAGGCCGCGGCGACGCUCUGGAAGCUCGCCCACGGCGACGACGCGCGGCGCAUCGCCGUCGCCCUGAGCGGCGCCGCCGAGCCCCUCGUCGAGGUCCGCCGCCGCGGCUCCAAGGAGCUCCGCGACGUCGCCGCCGGCGCGCUCUGCAACCUCACGCCGCACGUGCGCUCGCGCCGCGUCGUCGCCGACGCCCUGGGCCUCUCCGGCGACGUCUCCAAGUACGACGUCGACCGCGCGAUCAUCGGCGGGUGA